AUGCGACUGUUAAACGCCUCGACGCUCCGGCUGACGGAAUUCAUCGGUGAUUCCGUCUCACCAUACGCCGCACUGUCACACACUUGGCGGGGAGGGUACCUAAAGAUUGCCUGGUGCUGUGACCAAGCUAAGCAAGACAAUCUGGAGUGGGCAUGGGUUGAAACAUGCUGCAUCGACAAGACGAGCAGCUCGAAGCUGUCCGAGGCCAUCAAUUCCAUGUCUCGGUGGUACCAAAACUGUCGCGUCUGCUACACCUUCUCCGACGUGUCGGACGGAGACGUGCCCCAGGCCCAGGAUUCCGAGUUUCGCCGGUCUCGAUGGUUCACCAGAGGAUGGACCCUACAGGAGCUAUUGGCGCUAGAACGCAUGCUUUGCCAGGCCAUUAGUGAAGUGUCGAGGAUCCCGUCAGACUAUUUCUGCAGCGGCCACCGGAGUCCUAUUUUCGCCGCUAGCAUAGCCCAACGAAUGUUAUGGGCGGCAUCACGAUGUACGACAAGAAGGGAAGAUGUGGCAUAUUGCCUGCUGGGUAUAUUCGACGUGAAUAUGCCCUUGCUAUAUGGCGAGGGCAAAAAAGCCUUUCAAAGGCUACAGGAGGAAAUCAUCAAGCACACCAACGACAGCAGCAUCUUUGCUUGGGGCUUUGGAAUGAGCGAAUCCUGUGUCCAGGAUUCCACCGAAACUCAGUACCUUGCGUCUUCGCCUUCCGACUUUAUGGGCUGCCACAGUAUCGUGAUUGACGAACAGGGCAGCGGUCAACGCGUCGAUGACUUUGAGGUCACCAAGAAGGGUUUGCGCAUCAGCAUCUCAUCAUUUUCCGAGAUAAUAUAG